UGGGCGCUGGCAUCGCAGCCUUAUAGCUGGGAUGUAACCUCUCUCUCUCUUUUUUUCGUGCUCACCCUAUCUCGCAGAAGGGGCGGAGGGGGAGAGGCGCCCAGUGAAGGAAGAGCCCGCGCGUCGUACGCACCUGCACGCCGACACGGAGCGACGAUGGCGCGUCGGUCCCUAAAGAUGGUGGUCUGAGGGGGAGAGGAGAGAGAGGAAAAAAAAAAAAAAAAAAAAAAGGACACCCCCCUUUUUUUCCUUGGCUCCUGGAACCCCCCUCCCAUCCCACGAGAAGAGCUCGAGCGCAGGCAAAAUGUUGACGAGGCUUUUCAAUGACCCCUCGCUGCUCCCAGACGUGCAGAAAUAUUCGGGCUGGGCAGACGACAGCGACGACGACGACGACGACAAGAUGAAAGACGACGACGGCGACACGCGGGACAACAUGGACGCCUCCUCCGAGCUGCGGGCCGGCAGCCGGACGCACUCGGAGCACGCCGGCGAGGACGACGACGACGACGAAGACGACGGCGCGGAGGACGACGACUGCGACGGCGAGGACGUGGAGGGCGAGCGCCCCAAGAAGCGGGGCCCCAAGAAGCGCAAGAUGACGCAGGCCCGCAUCGAGCGCUCCAAGAUGCGACGCAUGAAGGCCAACGCCCGCGAGCGCACCCGCAUGCACGACCUGAACUCGGCGCUGGACAACCUGCGCAAGGUGGUGCCCUGCUACUCCAAGACGCAGAAACUCUCCAAAAUCGAGACGCUGCGCCUGGCCAAGAACUACAUCUGGGCCCUGUCAGAGAUCCUGCGCUCGGGGAAGCGCCCGGACCUGGUGUCCUACGUGCAGACCCUGUGCAAGGGUCUCUCGCAGCCCACCACCAACUUGGUGGCCGGCUGCCUGCAGCUCAACUCGCGCAACUUCCUGACGGAGACGCAGUGUCCCGAGGGGGCGCGCUACGGCUCGGGCUCCCUCGCCAUGCACUCGUACCCGUACCAGAGCGCUCGGCUGUCCAGCCCGCACUGCCGCCAGGGCUCGAACUCGCACCCGCUGGGCUCGCACGGCUACUGCGCCACGUACGACUCGGCUUACGGCGGCGGCGGCUCCCCGGAGUACAACAGCCCUGAGUACGAGGGGCCCCUCAGCCCGCCGCUGUGCGUCAACGGGAACUUUGCCCUCAAGCACCAAGGCGCGGCGUCGCCAGACCACGACAAGGCGUACCACUACUCUAUGCACUACUCGGGGCUGCCCGGCUCCAGGCCCGGCGGCGGGGCCCACAACCUGGUGUUCGGCUCCUCGGGGACCCGCGGCGGCAUUCACUCGGAAAACGUCCUGCCUUACCAUGACGUGCACUUGCACCACGAGCGCGCACCCGCCUACGAGGAACUCAACGCAUUUUUCCACAACUGAAACAAGAAGGGGCGCCGCCGCCUUGCUGGCCACAAUCUUACUUACUUUUCAUUUCUUUCACUUUUUGAGUUCUUAUUGUUUGCAAUCGGCGGGGAAACGAGAGCCGAGGCACAUGAAAACAUUCUGCGCCAGCGCCCUGCACAGAGAGAUUUGGAUUUUCAACUUUUAUUCAGGGCUUUUUUUACAAAUCGACUAAUCUUCGAUUAUUUUUUCGAUUAUUUGAGGGUACGAUUAUUUUUUUAAAUUUCCAUCCGUUUACUGAAAAACAGUACAUUUCAAAUUGGCAUUGGAGAAAAUACACCAACAAAAUUUGAUUGAUUGAUUAUUCAAUUAGUGAUUUGGUUUGUAAAAAAUUAAUUAAAUAAAUAAAUAAAAAUAACAAUUAUAUAUAUAUAUUGAUCAUUGUUUUCCAAAGUAAAAGCAGAUGUUUGCAAAUGUCUUAUUUUGAUUAAAAACAAAGAUAAUCAGUCUGCUUUCAUGGAGGACUACGGAAAUAUAAGAAUAAAAAGAGAAUAUUUACUGUUGAGCGAAUUGAAAUAAAAGUUAGAAGAUUUGGACAAUAUUAAGUUGGUGUCUCUAAAUGAUUACUCAAUUAUCAAAAUAAUUUUCAUCAAUUAAUUUCAUAAUCGAUUACUUGUCAAUUAAUCAAAUAUCUUCAUUGGCCAAUUAAGUAUGUUAAUAACACACAAGGGAUUUGUCUCCAGUUGGUGCCAAUCGAGCAAGCAAACGAUACACUAUGACAAAAUAUACAUUUAGGGCAAAUAAAAAGCACUUCUACUUUUAUUUUCAUUUAAUUAAAAAAAUAGAUGUACAAUGAAUUUGUGUUGGUGACUUAUCUUGUUUAUUUAGCGCUUCACCACUGGAGAGUCAGAGUAAAAAUGUACACUAUAUGAACAUUUUCAGAGGUUCUGUGUGAUUUUUCAUUCAUUUUCCUUAUAUUUCUACUUAUUUGAAUUAUCGAGCAGAAUUAGGGGCUGUAUUCCUUUUCUUCUCUGAAAUCUGUCGUUUGGCAUCUAUGCAAAAGCAGACACUUAAAAAAAAAAAUCAUUUUUCCUAUUUAUUCUGUCCUCCUUUAACUGACCCAUUACACCCCCCCCCCUCCCCCCCAUUUUAAUUCAUUGAAUUAUCUACUAUUGCUGCUGCUGCACGUCUAUUUAUUAUUGUGUUUUCCCCCCUGUAAUCAAUGUGAAUAGUCAAUGGACACGAAGGGAUCCCCCGUGUGCUUAUUUAUUCAUUUUCCCAUCCAGUCUUUCAACUUUGUAUUCAACCAAACUGUGUCGUAUAAGAGAAAAAAAUGACAAUAAAGUGACAAUA